GCUCUUCAGCUAAUUUAUCUUCAAGCUCUUCUGAUUCUUCUGACUCGAGCCAAAAAUUCACAAAUAACAUUUCUGUAAUCCGGGAACAAUUUAUGGUUAUCUUUGAUAGGAUUAAGGGUGCGAAUGAUUAUUCUUUAGAUCAGAUGUGUGCCAUUGUAUCGGCUGAUAUUCUUAGUAGACUUGGGAUGGGAGUAAUUGGGAAAGAUACAAUAAAGGGAUUUUAUCGUGGGAAAAUUUAA